CCAGUGCCCCUCCCUCUUCUGCCCCCAGGCCCUGGCUGCACAGGAUGGGGCCACACGUACCCUUGGCCCCUCCUGCUCUUUGGGUCCUAGGGUUCUUCACCCUGCUCCUCUGGCUGUGGGCGCUGUGCACAGCUUGCCACAGGAAGCGGGAGCAGAGGCAGUGGACCAGGCCACAGGGCAGUGAGAGGGAUGCACAAGUGUCACCGCUGAGACAGACCUACCUAUGCUCCCUCAGCAAGUCAGACACCAGACUGCACGAGCUGCACCGGGGCCCACGCAGCUGCAGAGCCCCGCGGCCUGCCAGCAUGGAUCUCCUGCACCCACACUGGCUGGAGGUGUCCAGGGACAUGACCGUCACACAGGCGGGACCCUCCGCCUUCCCACAGCAGGAGCUGCCCUGGGCCCCACCUGCUGCCACUGCCACCACGCCCUCCGUUGGCCCCGAGGCCACCUAUUCCAACGUGGGGCUGGCUACAAUCCCCAGGGCCAGCCUGGCAGCCAGCCCUGUGGUGUGGGCAGGGGGUUGGCUGACCAGCGGCUGUGCUGGGCCUGGGGCCAGACCUGUAGUGGCUGAGUAUGCCUGCAUCCAGAAGCUCAAGGGGACAGAUCGGUGCCCCCAAGAACCACACCAGGGAAAGACUGAGAUGAUGCCAGCUGCUCAGGUAGACAUCUUGUACUCCAGGGUCUGCAAACCUAAAAGGAGGAACCCAGAACUCACCACGGACCAGCCGGAUCCCAGUGGCAGGGGAGCAGUUCUGGCCCCAGAGAGUCCCUUGGCCUAUGAGGCCCUCCCACUCAGGGGCCUGGGCAUGGACAGCGGCCCCCUGGAAAAUGUGUAUGAGAGCAUCCGGGAGAUGGGGUUUUCUGAGAGCCGGGAGCCUCCCAGCUCUGUUAGUAUGAGCGGACAUAUUCAGGGCAUCAAGCCCCCCCAUCGCCUUCCACCUGUCUCCACCUAGGGAUGGGUUGGAGACCCUUCCCUGCUCUGAACACUCAAGUACAAAUGUUCCUUUCUCCGGAGUAAGGCCCACCCUCUCCGCACCGCUGACAGCAUAGAUCCCAGAUCCUAGGACUGCCAGUCUAUGAGGUCCUGGCAACAGCAGUGGCCAACCUCUCCGGGUUCUAGAGAAGGCCCGCGUCUAAAUAAAUCCCCAUGGCAGGAAGAUGAA